AUGCGCGACGAGCGGCCACUGUUCAUCGGCCUUGGCACCCGCGGCACGGUGCAGCAGCAGCUCUACCUAGCACAGGAAAUGCAGCGGCGAGGGAUCUCGCCACUCCUCGUUGCCAUGCCUGUCCACGCGCGGCUGGCAGGACGCUCUGGCGUGCCCUUCACCCCCAUCAUGGAAGACCGAGUUGACCCUGCCAGUGGUGUGACCGCAUCAGCAGCGGAGGCUACCCAGUACCUCGUUGGGCUAUACGCGGCGCACGCGGAAACCUUCAUGCAGCAGGUCUCCGCAGCAGCAACGGAGCACCGAGCCACAUGCGUCAUCAUCUCUUCCAGCAUGGUCUACUUCCUCGGCUGGCUGCGGCGGCAGCGCCUGCCGAUUGUGCACGCGUGGUACCAGCCCAUGAGGUGGAAUGGCGGCCGCAACCUGGGCGUGAGCUACGAUCAAGUCCAUCCAGGCCUCGAUGCCGACUUUGUUGCUGUCCGCACCGGGCCCCACGCGAGCGCAGAUCUUCAUUUGCUCGCCUUCCCGUCAGAGUGGUCGGCGACGCACCUGCCUGGCGUGGCCGGCACCGCGACGGGCUUCUGGCUGCCGCCCGCAGACGCUCAGCUCGAGCUGCCGGGCGAGGAGCUGCGCGCCUUCUUGGGCGCGGACGGCGCGCCUGUCGUGUGCCUCAACUUCGGCAGCAUGCGCGCGUACGAGCAGCCUUGGGCGGCGGAGCUGCUCGCGGCACUGCGCGACCUGCUGUCUCGCGGCGAGAUCCGGUUGCUCGCCAUCGGCCGGCUCGUGCCGGAGGCCGUGCGCUCAUGGCAGCACACGGCGUGGGUGGCGUCGGUCGCUCACGCGCAUGUGUUCCCUCGGUGCGCUUGUGUCGUCCACCACUGCGCCUCCGGGACGGCUGCGGCGGUGCUCGCGGCGCGCGUGCCGUCGGUGGCGGUGCCGUACGCCCAGUGGCUCGACCAGCCGCACAUCGCCAGCUGGCUCGAGCGCGAGGGCGCGGGCGUGCAUGUGCGCGAUGGCUCGCGCAGUGAGGCGGCGUUCGCCGCGGCGGUGCGGCGUGUGAGCACGGAUGUGGCGUUGCGGCGCGGUGCGACGGCGCUGGGCGAGCGCUGUGCGCGGGGCGGCGGCACCGAGGCCGCAGUCAGAGCCAUCACGGCGCACCUGGCCCGACUACCGCUGGCUCCCGCAGCGGCAGGCGAGCUGGUGCCAUCGCCAGGCAGCGUGGACGGCGAGCUGACGCUGGAGGCGGUGCUCUCGCUGGCGCGCCGCGCAUCUGCCGAGUGGGUGACGGCCGACACUGCGCUCAACGAGCUCGACUCGCUCGAGGCGCUCGAGCUGCACGCGCUGCUGGAGGCGGCGGCGGGGAGGCCGCUGCCGACGACGACGGUGCUCGACGACCAGACUGCGAGGAGGAGCUCGUCGCACGCGCGCCCGUGCACGCAAUCGGUGGGAUCUGCGACGGCGGGCUCAUUGCUGCACUGGGGCAUUCUGUUCCCCUUCUUGGGCCACGGCUGUUGGGAGAUGAUGGCGGCGGGACGCGACGACGAAACGCAGCCCGACGGCAAAUUCGAUUCGAUGGCGAUGCUAAUCAGCUUGUCGGGUGAGCCGAGCCCGCAGAUUGUCACAACGCUCCACAUGUACGCCAUCGCCUCAACCUUCGUGAUGUUCCACCACGCCGGCCAAGCGCUGCUGAAAGACAUCGUGCCCAGCAGCACGAUCGGAAUGGCCAAUCAGAUGUCUCCUUUCAACUCCUUUGCCCUCAUGAUGGGCGUAUGGGACCGCGCACGAGGGGUGCCUUGGGCCCGCGUCAGGACCGAGUUGCGUAUCUCAGGGAUGCUCCUCUUGCUCACAUACUACACGGCGUUCCCCGAGUGCAUCGCCGCAUUGUACGUGUCUUGCGGCUGGUCGCCAGCCCUCUUGGCGUCGGACCCCAGCGUUCGCGCCACAGCCUCGGACGGCUCAACGAACGGUCUCAUCGGUCGCUUCACCGCCCCGUCUUGGUGGUUCCUGGCGGCGAUUGUGUAUCGAUCACUGGCGUAUUUGUCGGCUCGCGAGGCCCGCUCCAUCGCCUCGACAGCGGAGGUUGGUGGACAAUGGUCGCCCGAGCUCUUCCCCUAG